AUGAAAUCCAACACGCCUCUUGAUUAUGCAGCAUUCCAUCUCUCACCAAAACGAUCAAAAUGUGAACUAUAUGUGUCUAGUGGUGGAAAAACUGAAAGGAUUGCAUCAGGUUUAGUGAAGCCAUUUGUGACUCACUUGAAGGUCGCUGAAGAACAAGUUGCAUUGUCAUUUCAAUCUAUAAAACUUGAAGUUGAUAAUCAAAAAAAGUUUGAAACAUGGUUCACAAAAGGAACAUUGGAGAGAUUUGUACGUUUUGUUAGUACACCCGAGGUUUUUGAACUAGUGAGCACCAUUGAUGCUGAAAUGUCUCAACUUGAAGCUGCCCGCAAAAUAUAUUCACAGGGAUCAUCAAGCUUAGGAACAGGGGCGGAUGCAACAAAGAAAGAACUUUUAAGGGCAAUUGAUGUAAGGCUGGCGACUGUGAAGCAGGAUUUGGCUAUGGCUUGUGGGCGGGCAGGGGCAGCUGGGUUUGACCAUAAAUCAGUAGUUGACCUUCAAUUGUUUGCAGAGAGGUUUGGUGCCACUCGUUUAAACGAAGCUUGUUCUCAAUACAUUUCACUCUACGACAGAAGGCCGGAGUUGUUCAACAAUCCAUCAUGGAAAUCCGACGUCGGAGAUCAAGCAAUCCGGUCAUCUUACACCUCCGACGACAUGUCUCUCGAAGAUGAUCCACCAACCACCACCGCUGAACAACCUUCAUCAACCACUCCCCAGCCACCCAAAUUCCUCUCCUCCUCCGCCAGCUUUCCUUUAAGAAGUGGUGGCGCUCAGAAAACUCAGGAACCCAGUGUCCAUGCAGAGUAUGACUCUGAUUUUGUGAAAGCGGAAGAGGGUGGUGGCGCAUCGGUACCUGUGCAGAGUCAGACAGCCACUCAGACGACGUCGUCUUCCAGGCGGCUCAGCGUACAAGACCGUAUUAACCUUUUCGAGAGCAAACAGAAAGAGGUGGGUUCGGGUUCGGGUUCCGGUUCCGCCGCCGGAAGUGGCGUUUGCAUCAAACCGGAGCUUCGUCGGCUCUCUUCUGACGUUUCACAUUCUUCAUCUUCUCCUUCGCCUGUUUUGAAAAGAUGGAGUGGCGACAACGAGAAGAAGGAAAAGGAAGAUUAUAAAGAUACACCGACUUCCAUUAAAACUGAGGUCCCAAAAGAUCAAACAAAUUCAAUCAUCGUACAGUUGACCUUUUCUUCUUCGGUCAAAUCUGAAGAAUCCUUGGGGUCAACAUCAAAUCAGCCGACUUCCACUUUGGAAAAAACUCCGUCGUGGACAUCAUUAACCAAAUCCGACGAUGAUGAUUCCUUGACUAAUUCCCAAAUCAAUUCCUUUCAUGAACGAUUUCACAAAUCCGAUCUAACAAAUAAACCCAAUCCUUCAUCUGAGAUACAUUCAGGAACGAUGAUGUUAAGUACUCAUCCGAAGAAGACGCCAUUAGAUUCAGGAUACAAUACACCGCCACCUUCUGGUAAAUAUUUCCAUGGGGGAUCGGGAUCUGGAUCGAGAAACAUGAAAGGGAAUCAAGAACUCAACGACGAACUUAAAUUGAAAGCAAAUGAACUCGAAAAGCUUUUUGCAGAGCAUAAGCUUAGAGUUCCCGGAGAUCAAACUAACGCUAAUAAUCGUCAAAUCAGAAAGCAGGUCGCCGCAGAUCCUGUUCCUAGUCCUAAUCCUACCCCUGAACCGCAAUUAAGAUCGGAAACGGAAUCCCCAACUCCAAUUCCGAUUCCAGUGACAGAAGUUGAAAUUCCUGAUGAUUCUAGAGGAAAGCUAUACGAUAGUUACAUGAAGAAAAGAGACGCAAGACUAAAGGAAUCAUGGGAUUCUAAAGAAGCUAAAAUGAAAGCCAUGCAUGAUACGCUAGAACGUAAUAAUACCGAAAUGAAAGCAAAACUUUCAUGGUCUUCAGAUAGACAGAAUUCAAGCGCUCAAAAACGUGCAGAACGGGUCAGAUCAUUUAACGCACCUUCAUCUUCAAAAAGAGACGAGCCACUAGAUUUCGGGCAACAAAGUAAUAAAAAACCAUUACCAGCUUCAAUUCCAAGAUCAGGCACCAAAUUGGGGUCGAGUUCUGGGAGAAGAAGGGGACAAAGUGAUAAUGUUGUUGCACAAUCUGUCCCUAAUUUUUCUGAUUUAAGGAAAGAAAAUACAAAGCCUUAUUAUUCUGGAAAAGUGGGAGGUCGAUCUCAGAUGAGAAACUAUACACGUAGCAGAAGUGGCAGUGCCAAUGAGGAGACGCCACCUGUCAAACAAGAGAAACCAAAGCGGUUUCUGAGAAAGAACACGGGUAUAGGACCUGGUUCGGGAAGUGUUGCUGCUAAAAUGAAAGCUUCAAUGGUGGUGUCUCAAUCUAUGAAUGAAGAGGUAAAUGUGAUUGAAACAGUUGAUGAUGAAGAUGAAGAUGAAGAGUUUGAUGAUAAUACAAUGCAAGAAAAAGAAGAAGAAAUUGAGUCAAGAAUGAGUAUUGAAUCCGAAACAUUGAUUAAUUCAGAAUCAGAAAUCCAAAACGAAAAUGAAAGCAUUUCAAAAAUAGAAAACAUUUCUGAUAUAAUACCAGCUGCUGCUACAGUGAGUCCUCCAGAUGAAAGCCCAGUGUCAUGGAAUUCUCGUUCCAAUUACCCGUUUUCUGAUGUGGAUUAUUCGCCUAUGAGUAUGAGGAGUCCAGGGUUUAAUUCAAAUGAAACAACAGCUGACGUGGCAAGAAUGAGGAAAAAAUGGGGGAUUGCUCAAAAACCUAGUCUUCUUGUUGUUCCCAAUUCAUCCGGAUCUAAUAAAAAGGAUAUGACCAAAGGAUUUAAACGGUUGUUGAAAUUUGGAAGGAAAAGUCAAAGUCAAAAUCGGUAUAAUGAAAGUUUGCCUGAUUAUAUCUCUGCUACAACUUCUGAGGGAGAUGAUGACAUUGAAGAUGGAAGAGAUCUUGCAAAUCGAUCUUCAGAUGAUUUGAGGAAAUCGAGAAUGGGAUAUGAACAUGAUUUGACCGAUUAUUAUGCUGAUCAAGUGCAUACAUUGCAGAGUUCGAUCCCAGCACCUCCGGCAAACUUCCGGUUGAGGGAGGAUCAUCUGUCUGGAAGCUCCAUUAAAGCUCCUCGAUCAUUCUUUUCUUUGUCAACAUUCCGAAGCAAGGGAAGCGAAUCAAAACCAAGAUGAGUUGGUGGUAUGAUUUAUGAAGGUACUUCAGGAGUUCAUGGCAAGGCGAAGGCGUGACCGUACCGCUCCUCAUCCUUAUGAUCUGUUUUGGGACACUCUGAUG